AUAAUUAGUCUAAUGUAAUAUGAUUCCAUGUUUCUCUUACACGAUAAUUAUGCAUCACAUUCUACACUGUAUCAAGAUGUUAUCUGAUUUCCAAAUGAUCCCCAUCUCUUCUGAUCCCGCCCACCCGCCUUCCGUCGUCUUUCCAACUACAUCGGGCCCUCACAUCACUUUUAGUCGGACGAAUUUCAGCUGCGAAGCAUACUUCGAAGUUGGAUAUCCCACGGGUGGGUAGAGGAGUGCUUGACUUAACUUUCCUUGCUUGCAAAGAAGUGAGCGCUGCUCUGAGAUAGGAUAUAUUGACAGUGAACGGUCACAUUCUCUAGGUGGCAUUCUAUGAGCGCACCGUUUUCAUCAACAUUUGCAAAAUGUAAUAUCUGAUGUUCUUCACAGCUGCGCACUUUUAUUUAGCGGUGGACUAAGGACUCUUCGUGUGUUUUCUACUUCUCUCUGCAACAAUAGGGUGGAUUUACAGCGAACAACCUGUAUAGCAACACAGACUGACAACAAACAACUGAAAUGUAAUUUCACACAAUCUAUCUUAGGAACAUUUCACAUUUUCGGAAAUAGCUGCUAACUGUACAUAGUGGAAGAUGUGGGGAUUACCCAGAACGCGAUAUGCCGACAGCAAUAUCUCGGAAUCCAGCGAAGAAACCGAAAUUGCGGUGAACAUUGGAGGUGUGAAACACGUUCUGACCGGGGACUUGUUGAACCGCUACCCUGAGACUUUCCUGGCGGAGCUGGUGAAUAAUUCAUCGGAAAGUUUCGAUACAGUAGCCUCACUUUGCGACGAUUACGACACUGGAAAAGGAGAGAUAUAUUUUGACAGAGACCCAGAAAUGUUUAAAUGUAUCAUGGAAUUGUAUUACUAUGGAGAGAUCCAUAUCAAACGAGGAAUCUGUCCCAUUUGUUUCUUGAAAGAGAUGGAGUUCUGGAAAAUCGACCCAGAUUUCCUGGACGAGUGCUGUAAGGGAUGUCUGAAAGAGGCAGAGGAAGAAUUGUCUGAAAUCGCCGACAAAGUGAAAUUGAUUCUGGACGAUAUGGAAAGGGAGCCUGACGCCCGCCGCUGGCAAAGGUGCCAAGCGUUCUUGUGGAAGUUGAUGGAGAAGCCAGAGUGCUCACUACCUGCCCGCAUCAUCGCAAUCUUGUCUUUCAUCUUCAUCCUCCUCUCCUCCGUGGUGAUGUGCGUGGGGACCAUCCCUGACCUGCAGAUGCAGGAUGCCGAGGGGAACAAUGUGGAACACCCUACCUUAGAGGCCAUUGAGACUGCCUGCAUUGUUUGGUUUACUGUUGAGUACAUUUUACGCCUGGUCUCCUCCCCUAAUAAAGUGGACUUUCUCUUCUCUAUCAUGAAUAUGAUUGACUUCCUGGCCAUUAUACCCUUCUACGUGGUGCUAACCCUGACCUACCUGGGCAAUGUAGUAAUGGGACUGUCAAACGUUCAACAGGCUGUACAGGCGCUGCGCAUCAUGCGCAUUGCCCGCAUCUUCAAGCUGGCACGCCACUCCUCAGGGCUACAGACGCUCACCUACGCGCUCAAGCAGAGCUUAAAAGAGCUGGGACUCUUGCUUAUGUACAUGGGCAUAGGGAUAUUCCUUUUCUCGGCGAUGGGCUACACUUUGGAGCAAAGUCACCCGGAAACCAUGUUCUCGAGUAUCCCUCAGUCGUUCUGGUGGGCAAUUAUCACAAUGACAACUGUGGGUUACGGCGACAUAUACCCGAAGACAACACUAGGCCGUUGCAACGCUGCCGUUAGUUUCCUUUGUGGUGUGAUCGCUAUCGCGCUGCCGAUCCACCCCAUCAUCAACAACUUUGUCAUUUUUUACAAUAAGCAAAGGAUGCUGGAAAAUGCUGCAAAACACGAACUAGAGCUUAUGGCGCUGCAAUCCGGGGUGGGCCGUCUAGAGGAGACGUCUCCGAAGUCGCUGAAAUCUCAUGGUGCAGUGAAUUUGUGGGACAGCACCAUGCGCACCUGUCAGAGCGAUGCUUACAUCCCGCUCCUGGAGGACUCUUCACAAAGAACGCCACUGUCGACCAGUAAAGAUAAAGAUGAUUAGACUCAGACGAAAAAUUAGACUAUGGCGACUUUAAAGCAGACCAUUGACCUCACGAGGGAAACAGCGAUUGGUUUGCGUUAAGUUGUAUUUUAUGAUUUAUAGACGCAUCUUGAAUGAGAAACCGGAGAGCUUAAUAUAUAAACUACUGUGCUUCUUUGGCCAAAGAAAACGCGUGCCCAGCUGAGGAAAAGGGCUGUGGCAAGUCGUUACUUUCUUACCAGGUAUUCAUUACAUAUUUUAUCAAAAAAAUGAAAUGACAUCGUGAUUAAUACUCAGACUGCGUGAAAUAGAUGGAAAACGUUAUUAAGAUAUUGGUUAUUAAGUUAUUCAAUGCGAAAGGUUAUCCAUGUAUAUAUUUAUGUAUUUAUUAAUUUUGCAACAACACAUAUUAAUUAGGACAUUCAAUAAUCGCAGUGCUACCAUGUCCAUUUUACACGCUUGGCGUCUACUGGAUUACUAUUUAGAAACUUAUCUUAUUGCGUAAGAAAGGGUUCCCUUGUGAUGAGCAUCUUACAAAUCAUGAUAGUAAACAAGAUGAAAGGCGUCCUCAUUUUUUGUCUAAAAGCCGGUGAAUUCUGUUGAUAAUUACAGCUUAGAAAAUAAAUAAAUUA